UCUGGUACCACCACCACCAACAACUUUUCUUUGUAUUUUAUAUAUAUUAAAAAUGAGGAAGGGAGUUGGUUGGGUUUUGGUAUGGUUAUAAUUUUUAGAAUAUGGUAGUGUCUUUGACAUGGCCUAGUCCUCCUUCUCCAACCCUUUUCCAUUUUACAAGGAAACAAAUCCAAAUGGUUAAGUGACUUAAUGGAUAGGGCUUGUUAGUGACAGAGCCAGGUCUUAAGACUCCCAGUCCUUAUUUACCCCACUAAAGCAGACAAUAGUCUUAGGAAAGUGCCAGUUGUUGGGAGGAACUAAACCAGUUCUUAGUUGCAUAAUUUUUUCUUCUAAAGAUUUUUCUUCGGUGUUCUUCACUGAAAAUAAUCCAACUUGCUGGUAUUUAAAAAAAAUCAAGAUCAAAAUUAAUAGAUGGAACACCUUGAAGCAUAAUGCAGUUGACUUUGUAAUUAGCAGAGUUGAAAGUGAUGAGAAGAUCCUUUAAUUUUCUUUGUGCCUGCAGGAAGGUGGGAGUCAAUCACUUUGACAAAUCUCCUGAAAGGAACAGCCAGCAGGAGCUGACACCUCUUUCCAUUUGGUCUCGUGGCAAAGGCAGAGAUUGCUCCAGCAGCUCCGCACAAUAUGACGUGCUCACUAUUGCCCUCUGAACAGUCUUCUGGUACCUCUCUUUUGCCUAAAGACAGUGCCUCAUUUUCUUGGGGUUCCUUGGAUGAAGAUGAAUUGGAUGACUCCUUGUUGGAGUUUUCUGAUGGGGAAGAAGAUGAUGGCCACUUCAGUUUCACAGAGGAAGAGAUUGAGAUGCUCUUGAAGGAUGAUGAUGGUGGGCAUGAUGAGUAUGGACAGAGAAAGUGUCAAAUUCUACCUGUUACUCCUCAAGAAAAUUCUUUGUACAGCUUGGGACCAGCAGCUGAGACCCCUGGCUUCUUCAAACUACCUCAACUAAGUACAUCAGUUGGUCAUGGACCAACUCCUAGUAAAUCAUUAAACAGACACUUUGUACUUGAAAAGAAUCUUAUAAAAGUAACUGUUGUUGCACCAUUUAAUCCAACAGUUUGUGAUCCUGUGCUUGAUAAGGACAAGAUCGAUUCCUCCAAAGAAAAACCUGCCUCCCUUGGGGAACAGCCGAGAGAAGAUGAUCUUCAUCCUAGUGAGAAUAAACGUUGCACUGAACUGGAAGGGGUCAGUCCCAGUAACUCUGCUUGGGAUGGGCCCCUGCUUUCUUCUCCUUCAAACAAUAACACCGAACAAACUGCCUCUGAUAAAAAUAUACCUGAAAGUAAGAAACCUACUCCUGUGUUCUCUCAGAUCUCCAACCAUUCAGAGGUACCUAACAGGGGAUCGUCCUGGAAAAAUAGUGGAUCACAUAAAUCAGGUUGUGAAAUGAGGACUCCGGUUGUGUCCAGUUCAUCAAACAGACAUGCUUUUGACAAGGAUUCUGGGGAGGUGAAAGGUGAGAGAAGACUAGGCAAAGUCAUUCCUGUUCUCCAAACCAGAACCAGGAUGUUUUCACAAUCAGAUCUAGAAAAACAGAAGGACAUUUAUAUCAGCAAAGUCAUUGCUCAUAUAGAAGACCCAGAGGACUCUAACCAAGCUACCUUGGGAGAGCUAGAUGCUCUGAUGGACCAAGUUCAUAUGCAGAACCCAGACUGGCAGCAUCCUUCAGAUCUUACUACACGAAACUAUGCCCGGUUCCGACAGAAACCGCUGCAGAGAUACAGUCUGAGUCAGUGGGUUGACAGAAACAAGCGGAGCCACCACCGUUUCCAGCGCCUCCCAGACUUCUCGUACAGUCCAUAUGUGUCGUCCCAUCAACAGUGACAGUCCCUGCCCAGGACCCAGUCCACAGCAGCGUCUUAUCUCCUUUGCUAUUUUUGUUUGUAUAUUUUGAGUUUUAUAUUUCACAAAUUUUUUAUUUAAAGUAUUUGUCACCUUUUGGAAAUGCCCAUUACUGUGUUAAUUUUUUUUUUUUUUUUGAGGAUCCUUCUGAUUUAUGUGUCUAUCUAUACAUGUUUCAGCAAUAUUAAGUAGUAGUUUUCUGUUUUCUUCCUUUCUUAGGAAUGUAAAAUGAAGGUGGCUCCCUUUUGAAGGCCUGCGUUACUUCAGAACAUCCAGGCUUAAGUAACAUACCAGCUCUUAGCUCUUAGAUGAUUACCUCAAGGAAAUCAUCUUCCAGUCUUCUGUAAGGAAGGGAUUGUUCUGCAGGCUACAAGCCAGUGUUAUUGUUGAUGACUCGUGAAUGGGCAGAAGUCACUUUUAACAACUCCUCUCUAAAUUUGAGUCUCUUGAGUACCUGUCAGUAUUUUAAGGUUGGCGAUUCAGGACAUUUAAAAUAAGAUGGAGUAAGAGAAAAGUCCUGUUGAAAGGAUAA